UGGUUUAAGAUCAUGGCUGAACAAAGGCAACGAGCCCUGUCCACAUCAGGAGAGGCUCUGUACCAGGUUCUUGGGCUUGACAAGAACUGCACUCAUGAUGACAUCAAGAGAUCCUACAGGAAGCUUGCUUUGAAAUAUCAUCCUGACAAGAACCCCGAGAACCCCGAUGCCACUGACAAAUUUAAAGAGCUCAACAAUGCUCAUGUCGUGCUGUCUGACGUCACUAAGAGGAACAUUUACGACAAGUACGGCUCCCUGGGUCUGUAUGUGUCGCAGCAGUUUGGGGAGGAGAAUGUGAACACAUACUUUAUGCUCUCCAGCUGGUGGGCAAAGGGUCUGUUUGCCAUCUGUGGCUUGCUGACAGGUUGCUAUUUCUGUUGUUGUCUGUGCUGCUGUUUCAACUGCUGUUGUGGGAAGUGCAAACCUCACACACCUGGAGAAGAGGACCCGGAGUGCUAUGUGUCUCCCGAAGACCUGGAGGAGCAGAUCCGCACAGACAACGAGAGAGAUGGCGACACUCCGAUUGUAAUGCAGCCAACCAAUGCUAGUGAGAAGACCCAGCUGAUCGGUGACGGACACAGAACAUAUACCUAAAUGGAAAAAAGUGACGAUAGAUAUUAAUUUUAAAAAUCUUUUGGAAUAUAUUGGUGUCUUUUACAAUAUACAGUUUAUGUUAGGACUGAGAAAGCUAAAAAUACUCUCAACUUCUUAAGCUUUGUUUAGCCAUGCUGUCUGUAAAUAACAGAUAUUAUAUUAUUCUUGUCCUUCUUGUGGAAUUAAAAUUGAUUAUGUGAUCAAAACUGAUGAAUGAUUCUCCUUUAAAUAAUAUUAUGUACACUCAGGGCCUAAAUUUACAUUUUCCAUAUAAAAUGUUCAUCCGUUUAUAACAAUAAACAUAAUGUAACAUA